UCCAGGACAACACGGAUUCGGAACACCUGCCGCCCCUCUUCCUGAAGCGUUUCUAUGAUGGCCAAUCCUAUGACGGAUUUGUAGGAUUGAUGGGAAGGAGAAUGGCAGGUACAAAGGAAAUUCCUCCGGCUCUGAAACGAGAUAUGAACGAUUUCUUUGUUGGCCUGAUGGGGAGACGGAACACAGAGCUUGGGCCUGCAGGUCCAUUUAACCUUGGAAGGGAUGUGGAGCAUUCCCAGAAAGCGAUGGCUGCCCCUCCCAAACUGCGCACCUUUCCAAAUACACCGCUAUCUCUGUUGUAUAAAAUUGAGAAUUAAAUUGACGGUAGAUUUGCAUCUGUGAUCGAAGCCCCUGUGGAAUGACUUGACCCUGGCUUGGCGAACUCAGUGACUAUCUUCAAUCGUGAGCCAAGGCAAAGAGAGGGAACUGUGUGGCCAAGAUCAGGAACUGCUUCGGGAGCUGCCCUCAUUUCCGCCCAGAGCUUAUUCCUUGCUUUUGUUUUGUGAUCUCCUGUGCCCACUCCAAAUAAAAACUCCAGCUGUGCUUCUUAUCGA